UUCAUUCAAUUUUUUGUUUUUAAAAGUAACUAAAAUGCUAAGUUUAACAAAAAGAGUUUUAAAUCUUGUAAAAAUAGUAAAAAAAACUCAUCUUAUUCAUAAGCCAUAGUACAACCUACUUUAAAAUGUAGAUAGGUUGAAAUCUAAGCCUAAAAUUCAAGAGAAACCUAUACCUUUCAUAGAAAAAGAAGACUUUUAAGGUGAAGCCAAUUUAUUAUUAUACAGAUUAGAAAAGGCAUUCUAAGAUUUAAGACAAUAUGAAGAAAAAAUCAAUAACAUAGAUAGAUUCAACGAAAAUGACGAUGAAGACUAUAAGCUUUAAAUUGAUAUUAAAGAAGUAGGAGUUUAUCAAGUAUACACUGAUUUCAACCAAAGAUAAAUUUAUUUAUUUAGCCCAAUAAGCGGCUUGUUUAAGUAUUACUAUGAUAAAAAUACUGAAAUGUGGAAAUCUAAUAAAGAUGAGCAUUUCUUAAUAGAACAUCUAACAAGAGAAAUCAGCAAAUAUUGUAAGGGAUAUCUUUAGCUUUGAAUUGAUAAGAAAGUUCACAAAAAUAAAUUAGUUAAGAUAUUUUAGUAUUAAAUUUAUUUUAAAUUGUUAAAACUAAUUAUUUAUAAAGAAUAAAAUGAAAACAGUCAGUUUGUUUAAACAAAAAUUUAUAAUAUA